UGAGCUUACCACCGUCCCGCACCCAGUGUAGAUGGUUGGCGCCCGGUUAACCGUUGACGAAAUCUAUCGCAGACCACUGGCAGAUUUGUUACCACACUGAACUGGAAGAAAUCUGCAGAAUCCAACUGAUUCUUCCUGUUCCUUUCUGACGUAAAUCCCAUGACUAUUGGAUGAACUUUGAAUAUGUUUUGGUUGCCAACAAUUAUUGCUGAUAACUGCGAAGUUCACCAGACUUGUUGAUUAAACAUCAGACACCACCUACGGUUUGUUGAGAGCGUCUCACAGUCUUCCUGACAGUAUUAUGGAGGGCACGUUGGAGGUACCAUCCCUUGGAAGACGGAUGUGCCUUGGCACGCUCUACGAUUGCCGCAAUCACCAGAUCAUCUCGCCUGGCGAGACACUCUGGGAUCAGGAGACCAUGAAAUCUCAGAGGAAGGUCAGUGAAAAGACCAGUCACAAAGUGACCCUUAUUUCAUCCGAUGAUUUCAACGGAAAAUCAAAGGCUCUAGAAAUAGACGAGUCACUGAGAGCGAGCAUUCUCGCCGAUUUGGUGCAAACGACAGGAUCGGCAAGGUUUUUGAAUGACCAGCAGCCGCCAAGGGAUACAUGUCGCCUUACAGUGCUCUCCAAAGCCACGAGCACGUUCGAACAGCUGUCCGUGAGUCAACUAGGCAGCUGCAAAAUUCAGAAUUCGGAUGUGUUCACUGAAGGGAAGGCAACUCAUGUAGUGGUCGGCAUUUUGUACGGUGCGAACACUUUCUUUCUCUUCAAUAAAACUUGUGGGGAAGAAGCACAAAAUGACUGUUUGAAAUCACUCAUUCGCUUGGUAGAAAAAUUUAGUCCUGUUCCGGAUGAGGGGGGGAAUGCUUUUGAUCCAAAUGAUGCAAACAAGGUAUUGUGUAAGGUUCAUUGUGAUUUGAACGUCGAUAGUUCAUCCUUAGACUACAAAGCUGCCGUAAAGUUAUUGACGGGGUUGCCUGAUAUGCUGAAAGAAAAUGCAGUUCCAAUAAAGUUUAUUCUGUAUCCACUGUACAAGAUCGAUUCAAGAGCAGCCAGGGUGUGCAAAGUUGUUAGCAAUGGUCUUCUUUCGCAAGCACAGGAGUUCGUAGAGGGUUUAGUGCGCUGCUCCGCGCGCGCGAGCGAAAUGGCAGCUGAUCCACUGUGCGUGAGUUUCCCACAGUUUGCGGAGAAGUUUACGUGUUUCAUACAGUUGCUCAAUGAGUGUAAAGCGAAUUUCCAAAAGGAGUUGGCGCGUGUGCUGCCUUUAAUCCAAGGGGGUAGUGAUGGGGAAAGCGUGUUGAAGGAAAUGCUGCAGAAUGAGGUAAGUUUGUCUCCCUUCAAGCUGACUGAGCUCGAUGCCUGGUUGAAAAGCAAGCGAAAAGAGUUGAGUGCGGUGAGAUUGUACAUCAAGUUUCUGCCUGAUGAGGUAGAAACCAUUAAGUCGCAGGAAAGCUUGGAUGACAUCUUAAUGGACCCAAGCGUGGAUAAUGUAGUUUACCUGACCUUUCGACUGGCAGGAAAGGAGGAAGGAUAUCUUAGCGCCCUCUCUCAGUACCUUGCCACGAAAAAGGAAGCCCNUCUACAGCAUUCACCAGUGGUGUGACGAUGACUCUGUCAUGAAGUUUUUGAGGAGCAAGGCGAAGCUUUUCGCUGACUUCUUUCAGAGUAACCGUCAGUCAACAUGCACAAAGUUCAUUGUGACAGGAUUUCCUGUUGGCUCUUCGGUUCAAGAGGAGACUAAAGCUGGUGGCACAGUCUUACUGUACGAGCAAGGUGCGCUUACUCAAGAAGACUUUGAGCCACCAAGUAAGCCUACAAAGCCACAAUGCACCGUCGUCGAUCACAAUACCGUUAAUGUCUCGUGGUCUCCGCCUCAGCAUGGUGGGAACUGUGUGCAGAGGUACAUUGUAAAAUUCAAGAGGUUUCGUGAGAAGAACCCAGAUGGAAUCUACGAUGAAGUGUACACAGAACAGGCGGAUACUUGUGUCAGCAUCAAGGAUUUGGAACCCAAUGAAACCCUCGAGCUCUGGGUCGCAGCGAUCUGUGAAGUCGGCGUCAGUCCUGCAAGUGACAGUAGUGGAAAAGUCACUACUCUCCCAGCUAGUCCUCCGGGGAAGCCAGAAGCGUGCUCAGCAUCAGCAUCUAGCAUUACCCUGGAGUGGAAACAACCAGCCCAAUCAGGCAAACAAAUCUCUAUCCGAAGCUACACCAUCGCAUACGGGAUUGUUGUUAAAGGGGCAGUCAACGAUUGGCAAUCAGAGAUAGACACUGGAAGUUCCGAGACACGAUUCAUCGUACGUAAGCUCGACCCCAAUACCUCCUACAUGUUUCAGGUGGUUGCUAUUUACGACUCGGGCGUGACUAGUCUCCCCAGUGACACCAGCGAUGCCUGCAGUACUGAUCCAGUUAGCCAACCGGGCAAGCCGGAGUGUAGCGAUGUUACAGCGUCAAGCGUCACUAUGAAAUGGACAGACCCAUCCAAAAUAGGAAAAGGCGUGAAACUACGUGAAUAUUUCAUAGAAUACGCCGAGGUUGAUAAGCAACACGGCCAAUCAACAGGAUAUAACAGGGAGAAUGCCUUGACCACUGGUCUGCAUCACACGCUGGCAGAUUUAAUGCCAAACACGACUUACAGUUCUCAUGUAACAUUUGUCUGUGAGAGUGGCCAUAUGGCAGCAAGCGAACCCAGCGAUCUCUUUACGACGCUUCCUGCUGGCCCACCAACCAAUGUAGCAGUCAAUCAGAUAUCAGCGACAAACAUCGAGCUCACUUGGUCGGGUCCCACAUUGAUCAGUCAAGAAAAAGCUAUAAGGUACUACCAGAUCGGAUACCAAUUUUGUGACCCCAAUGGUACCGUGGAGAGGGAAGUGAAUACCAAAGACCCCUCCUGCACAUUUACGAUCAACGAAGCAGCACCCGAAAUGUUGUUCAAAAUACGGGUGACUGCCGUCUGUGGUGAGGAUGAAACACUAGGCGAACAUAGCAGCGUUGUUCUCUUCACCACCCGCAAGCUUCUAAAGCAUGAUAUCCGAGUUAAUGCAAAAGUUUUGCAACGAGGGAAUCCCAAGAACAAAAAGCCAUGCGUCUUGAAAUUCCCAUUACAAAAAGUGUGUCUAAAAGAUCAUAGCCACAGUUUCAGGUUUGGUGAGCCACCAAAAUUGUCCGGUGUACAGCAUAAAGUAAUCAUGUUGGUAGGUGUAACUGGCUCCGGCAAGAGCACCCUCAUCAACGGGAUGAUAAAUUACAUCCUCGAUGUUGAACGGAGUGACGACUUCCGCUUCAAGAUAGUCGAUGUAGAUGAAGCCAGAGGGUCUUCCCAAGCCCACAGUCAGACUCAGGUACUCACAUCCUAUACCGUUUACCGCAACCAUUUUCUCAGCCUGCCAUACACUCUGACUGUAAUUGACACACCGGGCUUUGGGGACACGCGAGGUAUUGAAAGAGAUAAAGUCAUCCUUGAGCAAAUACGGGAGUUCUUUUCGGACUCUGAAUCCCAUGGGAUUGACCAUAUUGACGCUAUUGGGUUCGUCGUUCAGGCAUCACAGCCUCGGUUGACUCCAACUCAGAAGUAUGUGUUUGACUCCAUACUGUCAGUGUUCGGAAAGGAUAUUUCAGAAAACAUACUUUUGCUUGUUACAUUCGCCGAUUCAAAUCCUCCUCCCGUUUUGGACGCAGUUGAGGAGGCUGAAAUCCCCUUCAAUGGGAGCAUAUUCAAAUUCAACAACUCCGCUCUUUUCGCAGGGUUAAGCAAUAACAAGAGCCGCAAAAUGAAAGAAGGCAAGAAAAAUUCUGGGAUUGACGACAUGUUUUGGAUUAUGGGUAAGGAAAGCUUCGAAGAUUUCUUCAGUGACAUCCAGGGUCUGGAAGCUCGAAGUCUUGUCUUGACGAAAGCAGUCUUGGACGAACGAAAACGUCUCGAAGUAGCAGUGCAGGGUCUCCAACCUCAAAUGCGCAUGGGCUUCUGCAAGCUUGAAGAACUUCGAAGGGAGCAUCAGCUUCUUGAGCAGCAUGAAGCUGACAUAGAGGCAAACAAGGAAUUCAAAAUGGAGGUUGAGGUUCCAAAAUGCAAGAAGAUUGACAUCACUGGAAACUACAUCACCAACUGCAACAAGUGCCAUUUCACGUGCCACUAUCCGUGUUACAUAGCAGAUGACGCAAAGAAGGCGGAAUGUGCUGCUAUGGAUGAGGGGGUAUGCCAAGCGUGUCCAGGUAAAUGUCCGUGGGAUGUGCAUUUUAACCAACAGUACAGGUUCGAGUAUUACACCGAGAAAGAAACGAGAACCUACGAAGAGAUAGAAGCAAGGUACAAAGAUGCCACAGGAAAGAAGAUGACAGUGGAACAGGUAAUCCAAAACCACACCGAUGAGUUCAAUGCAGUGCGGUGUAGAGUUUUUGCCCUGAUAGGUGAGUCUCACAAAAGUGUAAUGCGUUUGGAGGAAAUAGCACUCAAGCCAAACCCACUGAGUGCUGUGGAGUACGUGGAUAUCUUGAUAGAGAGUGAGAAAAACAGUGGCAAGCCUGGCUGGCAAGACCGAGUGUCUGCGCUACAGGAUUUGCGAAAACAGGCAGACAUCAUUAGCAAGGUCAAACACGCUGACUAUGACCCCUUCGAAAGGUUUACCAAGGAUCUGAAUUCUAUAUCUUUCAAGACGUCUAAGCACGAAAAGAAAACCGGCUGGUUCUCAUGGUUUGGCAAAAAACCGUGAAAAACUCUGGCAUCAUUCUACUUGAAUGUAACGACAAACUGUGACUUGGGCCAGUCCGUAUGGCUUGGUAAUACAUCUUCAUCAGUCACAAGUAAUUUUUUGGAAUCGACAGGCAAACACUAUCAAAACCGAUUCCUUCUGUUACAAGAAAAGUAAAUCAAAAGUAAAAACAUGCUGCAGGAACAUAAAUAUAAGCUGUAGCCUUCCUCAUUUUGGGAGGUUGUAAACUUGAGUAUAAUGAUUCACAAAAUAGAAAAACGUGGUAAUAAAGAUCAUACAAUGAAUUUUCGAAGGUUUGUGGUUCAAUGGCUUCUGGCGUAAGCAAGUGUCAAGAAGGAAUGCUCGCGAAACAUUAAAUAAUGCUGUAUUCUUUGAAAUGAAACUCACGAAGUUCUUCCCGAAAUGCUAUGGAAAGUAGUUGGGGAACCACUUUCAAACAAUGGCGAAACUUUAACACGAUAAACACUAUACAGUGGAUCAGCUAAACAUUGGAAAAGGCCAAAAAAACGUAGUAAAAUUUAUGUGCUCCAUUUAAGUUUUGAUCGAGAGAGGGAUUGAUCUUGCUAAAAGUGGUUUUGGAGGUGCCCACUUCACUACUUAAAGCUGUUUAACAAUUAGGCUAUUGGCAUUUAAGUUAAGUUGAAAACAUCAAACUGCAUUGUUCAAAGAGAAACUACAUUUUGUUUCAGCACUAUCUGGUGCGUGACUUUGCGGGACUUUGUAAUAGAUGUAUACUAUAGGUGUGUAAGAGGACCUAAAGCCAUUAGAUUUGUUUUUUAUUGUAGUUUGCUGUUAUACUUGUGUAUAUCGAAGAGCUCUAUAAUUGUAUUAUAUUAGUCAGAGGCAACACUAAAAGAUGGUUGGCUUGUGUAUGUUGCAUUUUUUCUAAGAGGAGCAUGGAAGACAUCGGCAAUUUUGUUGGAACCGUGAUCACGCUUCAGAAGAGCUUUCCUUUGGAUACUUUGAGAAGUUUAACUAUGAUGGACAAUCUUGUGGAUGGGAGCUAGUUAUUCUGUUUUACUAAUCCUUGAGAAAAUAGAAUACGACUAUUCUAUUAAACCUGGACUCCUGGAUCUGCUCCACAAGGUUUUCUUUUAUACAUAUAAAAUAAAUUGUCUGUUUUUCUUCCAAACCAUCUGAAUACCACGCACUUAAAGAUUUUUAUUCGGUAUGCUUAUUUUAUAUCAAAACAUCCGCUACAAUUUCAAGUAUGAGUGUACCGAGAUAUAGUAGAUUAAAAAAGACACCAUUGUUGCAAAACACCUUCAGAGGAAAUAUAAUAGACAUAUUGCCCGCUUUUACAAUUUCACACGAUUAUGUGCGAGGUUCUUAUGUCUGUACCAUUUGGAAAAUUAACCAUUCUGCCUGCAGAGAUGUUUUUGUUUGGAUUGUAAAUUUGUUGGAGUGAUUCUGACGUGUGCAAGUCACAAAGCAUGUAAUAGAAACACAGAAUUAUUCCCUAACAAAGCUUCAGCCAAUACUGUGUCGAACAGCGGGAAACAUUGAACACUGAGCUAUUAAGAUAGAUAAAUGACUUUUUUACUUCGUUGCCAUGAGUUGCAUACAGUUUUUCCUUGAAUGAAAUUUUUCUUGUAGAUUUCCUAUUUUACGUUUUUAGUUCCGAUUUAACAAGACAAUGCAAACAUUUAGAACUAUAGUUUACAAGGGUAGAUGUAGGCCUAUUCAAGGGUGUAGUUUAAGUGUGUAGUUGUGUAAGAUGUGAUAGAUUGUAGCAGUUCAUACUUCUGUAGUAUCAUGUACGCUCUAACUCGAGAAUAUUUAAAAUCAAAUCAUUGUCUGGAGACAAAAAUACGAAAAUACGAGAUUGCUCGGGGGUCAUUCUUCUCUAAGACUGACCAAAAAUUGAAUGCGCUUCUAUUCACUCUAAGUAUCUGAAAAUGUAAUUCAAGUACUAUAUCCAAUCCACUUUUGGCAGUAAAUGAUGAUAGCGUGGCUAAACAUGUCAAGAAUAGGACAUAGAUUGUUUACUGUUUUCAUAUUCAGUAUAAAUUAACAUUACAUGUGACACCCCUAGAGUUGACCUAACCUGAGGGACAUACCUUUGGUAGCUUAGACACGGAUAUAGACACACUUUUUGCUGCAAUUUUGUUUUGCCUGUACACUUUUUACAUUUAUUUAUAAAAGAAAACGAACACGGCUUUUAAUAUCUUCUUUCUUACAUGGACAAAUUUAAAUACAAUUUAAAUGAAGUGAAGAGCCUCAAUGCCCCGCCACUGUGUUACAUCCACCAUCUUGUCCUCACUUCCUUGUACUCGGCUUCUGUGGCCUGUGGCUGACUCCCUGUAGGUUUCCGUGUCCCACUGCCGCGGUCCAACCCUUCCGUCGCCACUGGUCGACCGACCCCCUCUUUCUUUCAACCAGGAGCUGGGCAUUUCCUGUCUUUCCAUAUCUCAGACCAGUCUGCACGUAGUUUGAUGUCGGAAUACUUUCACAAUCAGAGGAGACUCAAGGCAGUAAAUCGUCGAGGCUGGCCUCUGCCCUCUCCUCGGAAUCCAGCCAUCAACUAAUCACAUCAACUCAUAUCUUUUACUUUUAAACCCAAAAGAAAAUUCCAGCACUGCUGCACCUAUUUUCAAAGAAUCCAGAAUGUACUGUGUACUGCCUCCCAAAAAAUAUUCAUUAUUCAGACCAAUGCAUUAGUCAGCCACCUCUACCAAUAACAACUCAACUGGCGCCCAGCCCAUCAUUCUGGCAAGGUUGACUGAUUUCAGGAAUGUUUGGGUGUGGCGGCCUAAGAAGAUAAAACCUUGUUUCACCACUAAACUACCAUGUCCAUAUUCGCAACAAAACAGGGCUACGUCAAAUGCAGCUUGUACGGUAUUAUUAAUUUUAAGAGUAAUUUCGAAUAUACAUCACUCCUUGACAAUAAUAGAUACAUGUAUAUGCAUUUGCUGCAUUUACCAUGCUUAGACACUUAAAAUAUCAUACGAAGCAUAUGAUAGGCUGCGUAUACGUUAAUAAAUGAUAAAAUCACCAAACAUUUACCACUCAACCUAAAACAUUGUUAUUUUUUUGCUAUCACCAUUUCGAAAUGGUUUAAUUGUAAUACAUAUAUAGUUCUUGAAGCUGGUGUUUACGAUUCGUCAGUAUAGCAUGUAUUUGUUUUAGCGAUUUAGAAAAAGGUUUUUUUUUUGUUACGGACAAUACUGUAAUAUUUGGAGUAGGACAGAGUACACUAUUCUACCCUUUUUACACAAAGUAACAAAAACGAAGAUUGUUCCUUUGACGAAAUGCUUUAUCGUGUAGUCACGAAACGUAUACAGGUAUAAAGGCCUUCUCCACAAAAGGUACUUACUUGACGCUUGACAGUGUGAUGGGGGACUGUAGACAAUCGACUUCAACACAUUCUCAGUUUGAGAAUAUUCAGUUUCAGUCUCAAACAACAUUUGAAUAUACAAUUUGCAUGAUUUUGACGAUGGAAAAUAUUCAGUCUAUAUCCGAAGGAAAUGUAAAUAUUUUGUUUCCAAACUCUUAUUCUAAAAUCAGAAAUGAUUAGUCUAACUCGCACAAAUUCACUGUCUGGAGUAUAUUUAAAGUUAUAAACUCAUCUGUAAUUCGUAUACAUGAGUAUUGUAUAACGUACCAGGUUAGUGCCUGCCAGUUCAAAUGCCAUUUCGUAAGAAGCGUGCUUUUUGCGUCAGGCUGAUACCGCUGUCUGUUGGGGCCGAGACAUUUGGACUGUUGUUUGGCAACUGAAAAUGUUAAAAUUUACACGGUCCUCAGACUCUUUCGUUGCAUAUUUAACAUUAAUUAUACUUACAUACGUUUUGAAUUGCAGAGUGAUCUGUCUAUGUUUGGUUGAAAACUGUUGAAAUGUUGGAUAUGUUGCAGUUCACUCUAUUUGGGAAGAUAAAGAUCUCAUCAGCGUACAAAACAACUUUGACCAAAGGUCAUUUAGCUUUAAUUUGUGUGCAUAAAAAGGAAAAAGAGGCCUGCAAUAAGGAAAAUUCACAAGUUACAAGCAUGUUCAAAUGAUCCUGUUUAAUGCCAUAAUGCUGUAGCUUGGUAGGUUAAGUAUGCAUGUAUUAUUAAAUGAAGCGUAAGAAUAAAUGUGAUAUAAGCACUGACUGAAAUUCAGUGAUAAAGUAAGUAAUGAAGUAAGCAACGUCUAGCACAAUUUACCACAAACACUUAAGGGUGUGCAUCUUUAUAUAGAAUCUGGUUUAAUUUCAUAUGUAUAUAUAUAUAAAUGUUUGACCAUCGUAAUGAUCGUGCACUUAUUAUAAUGUCUGCAUGGUUUGAGUCAUGAACACGUUCUGAUAAAUUAAAAAAACUAUACCGUAAUAGAUGUAACUGUUUAGAAUAUAUAGGUAUUAUUGUUUGUGUGACACUGAAGUAGACUGGAGUAUAGUGUCCAUGCUGCACUUACACAGAGUAACGAAAUAAAGCCUUUUGUUUUACCAGAUGCUUUAUUUACGACUCAUCGCAUGCAGUCAUAAAACGUAUGCUUUUUGGAAACGUGGGCGUCGCGUGGAGGCAGGAUGUACAUUCUCAAACCUCAAAAAAUGAAAAAGAAAACGAAAACAAACGAAAAAGGAGGAACGGGAAUGAAAAUCGCCAAUAUGCGUAAAAAAUACUUCGGAAUUGACCCAUCAACAGUUACUUUGUCAGCUUUGAUGCUAAGGAGAGUUUUUCUCCACCGGAAAUAGCUGUGCCUCCUUCCUUGCGACGCCAAUAACGCAUUUGUACUUGAAAGUCAUUCAAUGUACUCUAAAACUGAUCGGCGAAUAGAACAUUGGCUCGGUUACAUCCUCAGCCUCAGAAAAUUCAGUUCAAUAACAUUGUCCAUUACAGUUUUGCGGUACAGGCAUUAUCGUAUUUACCCUGCAUAUGUCUUAAAUAUUAUUCAGACUUAAUUGGACCGGAUUUACUACAUUGUAUGUUUAUCGUACUAUACACGAUAUUUUAGUAUCUUGAAUUACAAGAAUUUCAGUAAUAAUGUGGCUUCCGCUGUUUCAUGCUUUUAAUAAUGCUUUGUUCCAGUGAGUAAUUAUGAUCAGUAUACUGAUGUGGCUCUAGGCGCAUUCUGAAGUACUAUGUUACAAAAAUUGGUCAUAGAAAAUUUUUAUUAGUCGCGAAUUGAUCACGUGAUAUGCCAAAAGCACGCAUGUAAACGAUCGGGUGCAUUAGCGAUAUUGCCACGCGACAAAAACAAUGUUGGAUAACGUGGAUCUUUCCCACGGUUGAUAUGUCGACUCUACUGCGUUGUGAAACUGCGUUAACUUAGGUACGAGGAUGUUAGCCGUGCUGGCAUUACGCGUGCUCCCAGUUAUGCUCUUAGAACGAAAGUAGCAUCUUCUAAUCACUGUUUCUACUGGGGUGCCAUUGUUGUUUAUAAUUAUAACUCUCAUGUUGAUGUCGCUUUCUAUGCUGCUCUUCAUUCUUGCCAAUAUUUGUCUCCGGAAUUUCGUGUCAUAAUGCCUUUAAAUUCAACCAGUCAAUAAAAGACCCCGGUGCUUUAUCAUAUCGGGUUUCCCAGUAAACCAGUUUGUAAUAUAUCCUAGAUUUCUCUCUGUUUAAAAAAAACAAUACACACCCACAACCACACCCACACAGAUCAACAAAUGACACCACAGUCAAUUUCAAUUUUCCUUGUAAUUUAGAACCUAAUUUGCUCUUCAACUGUUUCAAUUUGUCAAAGUGUUUUGAUUUAGCUUGCAAUAAAAUAUGCAUAUAUAACAAAUAA